UUUUUAUCAUUGGGAAGACUUCGUAAUUUUCUAAAAUACAAUUCAUGACACUACUGUUAAAUAAUUUUUAUUUUUUUUUGUAAAACUACAGUUAAAUAAUUGCCUUCACGAAACCUUAAUGUUUCUCAUUUAUAUGGGCCGCAGCCCUCGAAAGUCCUGAGCUCAGAGCCUUAAAACACCACCAUGGCAUUUCCCGCAAUAAACCUCAUCAAUGGAUCAUUUGAUUAUGACUUAUGAGAUUCAUAUUUCAAACUGAAACCUCCCUCCUCCCUCCUCCCUCCAUUUUUCUUUAUUACACUCAUGAAAGAAACUGUAAAGGAAAAAUUCUUUGGGAAUUCAGUUACAAAAAAAAUUAUUUGGGAAUGCAAUUCAGAACUAGGCAUGUGAGUGGAUAGUGGUCCAACUGUCUUGUCAGUUUUAUAAAAUUUUCAUUAAACAAAUCAAACGUGGGAAGCACAAGUAGAAUAAUUUAUAGUUUUUCUAUAGAGAUCAAACAAAACCCAAUGUAAGUAGAGAUAGCGAGUAGAGCAGUUGAAUCAAAAGCAGAGAAGCACCAAAGAUCAAGUCUUCUUUUCAGAAUGAGGUUGUCGUUGAGACAGUGGGUUGUGAGUGUGCUUGUGCUAACACAGCUUGUACAUGGAGCUCUAUGUUGGGGGAAAGAUGGUCAUUACACUGUGUGCAAAAUAGCCGAGGGAUACUUUGAGGAAGAAACUAUCGCUGCAGUAAAGAAACUUCUCCCUGAAGCUGCUCAAGGAGAAGGAGAUGAUCUAGCAUCUUUUUGCUCAUGGCCUGAUGAAAUUAAACACCUCUCGCAAUGGAAAUGGACUAGCUCUUUGCACUAUGUUAAUACACCUGAAUACAGAUGCAACUACCAAUACUGUCGUGGGUUUAUUUAUAUAUCUGUUUCAAAUCUUUAUAUGCAUUUUCUUAAACUUUUUUAUAUGCUAAGUUCAAAUCUAUAUCCUUGUGAAGGUGACUGCCACGACAGUCUUAUGCAAAAGGACUGGUGUGUGACAGGAGCGAUCUUUAAUUACACAAGGCAACUUAUGUCUGCGUCUGUAAACUCACAGACUUUAGUCCAAUAUAACUUGACAGAGGCUCUCAUGUUCUUAUCACAUUAUAUCGGAGAUGUCCAUCAGCCCUUGCAUACUGGUUUUCGUGGAGAUCAAGGUGGUAACACAAUAAUAGUCCACUGGUACAAUCGCAAAACAAAUUUGCACAAUGUAUGGGAUGACAUGAUUAUUGAAUCUGCUCUCAAAACAUAUUACAAUUCAAGUCUUCCAGUCAUGAUCCAAGCCCUUCAAGCCAAACUCAUGAAUGGCUGGUCAAAUGCUGUUCCGUCCUGGGAGUCAUGCCAACUUCACCAAACAGCCUGUCCAAAUCGGUAUGCAUCUGAAAGCAUAGACCUGGCAUGCAAGUAUGCUUAUAGGAAUGCCACCCCAGGAACUACUUUAGGAGAUGAGUAUUUCCUCUCUCGGUUACCUAUUGUAGAGAAGAGACUUGCACAAGGUGGGAUUCGGUUGGCGGCAAUUCUUAACCGUAUCUUUUCUGCAAAAACAAAGCUGGCCGGAGCAUGAGACUAAGAAAAAAGUUUCAUGGAGAACCACACGUCAUCAUUGUGUGUCCACCCAACUUACAAACACUGUUUUUUUCAUAACUUUCAAGCCCUAAACCAAGUUUAUAAAUAUGCAAUCUUUUUGCAAUCUAACCAUGAAA